GUAGUAAAAGGCGAAGCUCGCAAAAAAGAUCUCCCAGUAUUCAGAAGUGCUCCUGGACCUUGACACGCUCCCAGCUGGCCUGCCUCCUAAGAAAAUGGUUUUGUGAGACAUUCUUUCCAAAGGAGCACCAGCAGUACUGUGACUGUCCAGUUUCUUAAUGGAAAUGGAGACUAACCAUUCAGAAGCAGCUCAAACAGAGGCCAAUGCUUACCAAGGAGACCAAGUUAUAAAACCCAAAGAGACUGAAGCCCAUGCUAUGGAAAGGGAAACACUACUGAAACAACAAGGACAGACGAACACACAAAACACAAAAGGGAAUAUUUGUAAUGCCAACCAGAAGCCCUCACUGGAGAUGGAGAACGAGGAGAAGAUCCGCCUGGAGGCUCGCCGGCGCCUAGAGGAACAACUCAAACAGUACAGAGUGCAAAGACAUAAGGAGAGGUCUCAUCGCACCACCAGCAAGAACAGGCCCUUCAGCACCCUGGAUCCAGAGCUCAUGCUGCACCCUGAGGCUCUGCCCCGGGCCAACACCGUUGCCAUGACCAAGGAAUAUUCCUUCCUGAGGACCAGUGUCCCACGUGGUCCCAAACUGGGUAGCUUGGGAAUUCCCCCUUCUAAGGAGAGGAAGUCCAGGUCCCCCCGGCCCAGCAAGAUCCACUCCUUGGCUGACUACAAGUCUCCUGAGAAUGAUGGUGGAGGAGGAGGUGGAGUAAGAACAGCAGACAACACAAUGAGCUCCUUCCAGUCCACCAUUAGCUCGGUGUCCACACUGUCUGAGGUCAGUGUGAUGUCAGAGGGCAGCACCUGUGAGACGGAGGCACAGCCUGGUGCGGCGUUCCAGGUCGGGGACAAUGUCUCAGAAAUUGACGGCAGCGAAUCAGGAACGAGGCCGGGGAACGAUGGCAACGACAGCGACAGCUCGUCUUACAGCAGUGUGUCUACCAGGGGGACAUACGCCAUGCUCUCCACAGCAGUGGAAAGGCAGCAGGGGCCCUACACUGUGGAGGGGAGGGAGAUUGCUCCAGAGGCCAUGGGUCAUUUCCCCUCCCUGCAGGAGGUGCUGCAGGCAGCCAGUGAAGAGCAGCACCUGCUGGAGCUGGAGCAGGAGAGAGAGGGGACAGCGGAGCCUCGGAGUCGCAGGGACAGUUUCUCCAGCAGUGUUUCUUUGGAGAGUUCAGUGAUGGGCCAUGAUGAAAUGCUCCAAGUCCUGAAAGAGAAAAUGAGACUGGAGGGCCAGCUGGAAUCCUUGUCAUCUGAAGCCAAUCAGGCUCUCAAGGAGAAGACCGAGCUUCAGGCCCAGCUGGCUACAGUGAAUGCUCAGCUGCAGGCUAAGAAGGAGGAGGCUCAGGUUAGCCAGGAGAAACAGAGCACCCUCACCACGGAGGUUGGCACACUGCGGCAGAACUGUAGCCAGCUAGAGAAGGCCAUGGUGGAGCUUCAGGGAAGUCUGGAAAGCAAGAAUGCCAGUCUAGCUUCUCUAAGCAAUGACCUGAAAGUGGCUGAAGAUCAAUACAACAGGCUUAUGGGGAAGGUGGAGGAGAUGCAAAACACUGUGACUUCAAGAGACAAUACAGUUCAGGAGUUGCGUCAGCAGAUGGGUGGUCUUCAGAGCCAGCUUCAACAGGUUCAGCUGGAGCGCAGCACCCUGCAGAGCCGACUGAAGACCUCGCAGGCUGAGAUUGACUCACUCCAGCAGGUCCGUCAGUGGUACCAGCAGCAGUUGGCACUGGCCCAGGAGGCAAGAGUACGACUGCAGGGCGAAAUGGCCAACAUGCAGGCUGGACAGAUGACUCAGAUUGGUGUUGUGGAACAUCUGAAGCUGGAGAACGUGACACUGUCUCACCAGCUCACUGAGACCCAACACCGCUCCAUCAAAGAAAAAGAGCGUAUAGCUGUUCAACUGCAGAGCAUUGAGGCUGACAUGCUGACCCAGGAAGCUGCUUACAAGCAGAUCCAGGAUGCAAAAACCAUGGUGGAAGACGACCUGCAGCACAAGCUGGAGGAGUUUGAGGAAGAGCGAGACCGUUUAGUGAAACUGGCCAACACAGCCAGCACCCUGGAAAGGGAACUAGAGCAGGUGAAGUUAACCCUUUCCCAGAAAGACGUGCAGCUGCAGUCACUCCAGAAAGAACAUCUGGAACUGAUGCGCCAGCUGACCACCACUCAGGAGAACCUUCACACCAAAGAGCAGUCCAUCAACCAGCUAGAGGCCCGCUACCUGGAGCUAGAGGCCCAGCUGGCCGAGCUACAAACAGAGAGCAAUGCCAAGGAUGACAACAUCCAGUACCUCCAGAACGAGAAGAUUGUCCUGGAGGUAGCGCUGCAAGCAGCUCGUGCCGACAAAAGUCAACUUGACGAGGGAGCUGAGCGGCUUGGAGAGGAUGUCCUGGUGGCCUCAGAUGUUUUAGAUCAGCUCAGACAGGAAGUCCAGGUCAAAGCCAAUCAGAUUGAAACUCUACAACAAGAAAAUAGUACCCUAAAGAAACAAGCUCAGAAAUUUAAGGAGCAGUUCCAGCAACAGAAGGUGAUGGUGGAAGCAUAUCGCCGGGACGCCAGCUCCAAAGACCAGUUGAUCAGCGAGCUCAAGUCCACCAAGAAGCGUCUGUUGGCGGAGGUGAAGGAGCUGAAGCAGGAGCUGCUGGGCGUUCAGGGGGAGAAACAGAAGGCAGAGCUGGAGCAGGCCCGGCUGCAGAAGGAGGUGGUGAGAGUCCAGGAGCAGAUGAAUAACAUGGAAGCUCACCUGCAAACCAUUCAGAAAGAAAGGGAUCAGCUAGAAACCCAGAUCCAGUCUCUACAGUUCGAUCAGAGCCAGCUAGCAGCAGUGACACAAGAGAACGAAGGCCUUAGGAAACAGGUGGAGCAAAUGGAGGCUGAAGCCAAAAAGGCCAUCUCAGAGCAGAAGGUGCGCAUGAAGCGGCUGGGGACAGAUUUGACUAGUGCUCAGAAGGAGAUGAAGGCCAAACACAAGGCCUACGAGAAUGCUGUGGGCAUCUUGAGCAGGAGGCUCCAAGAGGCCCUGACUGACAAGGAGGCGGCUGAGGCAGAGCUGGUCAAACUCAAGGCCCAAGUGUCAGAUGAGGGGAACAGCCCGGCCUUACAGGAGAAGAUUAAAGCUCUGCAAGCUGAACUGCAGGCUGUGACCAACAGCAAGACUAUGCUAGAGAAGGAGCUGCAGGAAGUGAUCACCCUCACCUCCACAGAGCUGGAGGAGUACCAGGAGAAAGUCAUGGAGCUCGAAGAUGAGCUUCAAGAGUCACGAUGCUUCAAGAAGCGGAUCAGAAAGUUGGAAGAUGCCAACAAGAAGCUAGCACUUGAGCUGGAGCAUGAAAAAGGGAAAUUGGCUGGAUUGGCACAGUCCCACAAUACACUGAAGGAGCAUGCCAACAUUUUGGAGUCCGCCCUAGCUAAGAGAGAAGCAGAUCUUGUCCAACUCAACUUACAGGUUCAAGCUGUCCUGAAGCGUAAAGAGGAGGAGGACCAGCAAAUGAAGCAGGUGGUACAAACUCUACAGCUUGCCUUGGAAAAAGAGAAAACCAAAGUCAAGGACCUGAAGGAACAGGUGGCAGCAGCAAAGGCUGAAGCAGCCCACAAUAGACGGCACUACAGGGCGGCCAUGCUGGAGCUGUCGGAGAUCAAGAAGGACCUGCAGGCCAAAGAGGACCUGGUCAAAGCUCUGCAUAGUGAAGCACAGAAACUACAGGCUCAGGAUGAGCAGCACACUCAGGAGGUUUCCAGGUUCCAAGAGGAGCUGGCUGAGGCUCACUCACAGCUCCAGAUCCUCCAGAAACAACUGGACGAUGAACUGGCCAAGCAGCCCCUCACUCACCAAGAGGUUGAGGACCUGAAGUGGGAGGUGGAGCAGAAGCAGAGGGAGAUUGAAGCUCAGAAGCAGCAGGUAGAGAUGAUGGAGCAGUGCCAUCACAGGGAGCUGGACAGCCUACAGACAGCUCUGCAGAACAUCAAGGUGGAGCUGGAGUCGGUGCAGGAGGAGCUGAGCAGCACCAGGAAGGACAAGUUUAUGCUGCAGGCUAAAGUGGGUGAGCUGAGGAACAGCAUGAAGACGGUCCUACUGCAAAACCAGCAACUCAAACAGGACCUCAAACAGAGCCGCCUAAGGAAGCAGCGGAUGGAGCUAAAGACUGAGGGGAACCCAUCCAACCCAGUGACACCAGUUAAGAUCCCAGACUGCCCAGUGCCUGCUUCCCUACUGGAUGAGUUGCUGAAACCAUCAACUUCUGUCAACAAGGAGCCCCUCAACAACCUGCACAACUGUCUACGGCAGCUCAAAGAGGAGAUGGAUAGCCUCCAAAGGCAGAUGGAGGAACACACAGUAACAGUACAUGAGUCAGUGAGCUCAUGGACAAACACAGAGGAGGGACUGGCUCAACUGGGGCUUCAAAACAACAUCUCCAAAUCAUCGACACCGCUGAACAACACGGUGGUAAAAAAUAACAACGAAGCAGAACAGCAGCAAUCAUAACAGAAGAACUUUUCUCAGGCCAAUAGAGGGAGAGUGGAGUUUUAUCCACAAAGGCACUUUUUAGCCCCAUAAUCCCUUUCUCUUUUCUUAACAAUUGCUGCCAACAUUUGGCAUUCUCCCAUCAGCACAGAAGUGCUUUCGCAGAGUAAUACUUUAUAUACCAUAGCUUUAUUCUUUCCUCUUGAUUUGAUGGUUGUUUAUAUUUUUGUUAUGCUAUUGUCACAUUUAUUUAUUUAGAGUUAAGGAAUUACAGCUUUUUAUUUGACAGAUCCCUCAUCUUCAGUUUUGUUAUCAUAGAUAAAAAAUAGGGACUACUUAUUAAACUGAUCUGUUGGGCCAGUUUUCCCCUGUUGAAUCAGCAGUUUUACUCACUAAAAGGUAUUUAGUCAUCAUCCUCCUUAUAAUAUUAAUUCAGCAGCUUUGAUGCUGCUUAAUGAUGGCUGACAUUAUUUUAAAAAGUGUUUUUUGUGACAGAAACAACUCUGAGUCUGCCACCAGACUGGCAACGAACUGUUCUUCCAUUUCUUUGUGCCUGUGUAUGAGUGAAGUCACUCAUCUAUGAUUUAACUGACAUGCUUACACUUCCACAUGGUUUCUAAGCAGCUUGUGAUGAAACAUCAUCACUCAUUUUCUUGAAGUUAAAAGUCAUAUACAAUUGUGGUCAGUUUUUUGUAUGGUAUGUUGUUAAAAUGCAGUGUCUCUUAAAUUUGUUGUUACCAUAUCACCUUGGGUUCUUAAACUCUAAAAAUAUUAAUCUCAGUUAUGUAUGGAGGUGUUUUGUCAAGCAUGGACUGCAGUAAUUCGCACGCAAAAAAGCCUUAAGCAAUCUUUAAUACGAUGUAAAGAACUAAGUCGGUUUGGAUAAACGUAUUUCUGCUGAGGGUGUGUGUGCAAGAUGUUAUAUGUUCUAUUGUUUGUGUGGAAAUGCUUACUGAAGAAUGGUUUAUUGGAAGUGGGUCACAACUGACAUUGCACACUAGAUAAUUAAAACUAAACUGAGUGAGAGAGAAAGUUGUAAAAUGAAGCAGAAAUGUUACUUCUAACAGCAGGUGCAAUCAGAUGUGUUCCUUUUCUGAUGUUACAUUUGGUACAUACUGUAUUUACAAAUAAUGACUAUCCUUGAAUCAGAUGUUAUACUUGUUUUAUGGCUGUUUCAUGGGAUAGGGCAUAAAUUAAUUGUUUCCAGAGGUUAAUAUAUAAAUACACUUCCUUUUUUGUAUGAUUGUACAGUCAUCAUAAUUGUUUAAUAGUGUAAAGAUGAAAAACAAGAUAUCAAAUGCAAACCAUAAAUCAAAGCUGAUAAUAAUUUUGGUACAGCUGCACUAAAAUUUCAGUGUUGAGGGGUCAUUGGAGGGUAUAGCUUUCUGCAUGCAACUGUGCUGCAGCCGCUGUCAGUGCUCAUUCCCACACUUGAAAACUUUUUGAAGCACCUCUGUAUGCUCAUAAAUUUCCAAAGGGACAAUAAAUAUUUUUAGGAGAAUGCUUAUUGAGGCUAAUAAUAACAAAAAUGUUGGUAUAUUGUAUUCUGAAUAAACAUUUUGGACUGUAUCUACCUUUCACUGUAACGUUUGGCGGUAUAUAAUAACAUUUGCUGGGGCACCUGCGCUGUAUGCAUAAAGCUUGCUGUAUCUGCUGUUUUUUUUUCUUCAAAGAUUAGAAUCGAUUCAUUCCGGUUUUAACAUUUGUGUUGGGAGAUGUGAUUGUAUUUAUCAUAAAA